AUGGGUCGCGAAGAGCAGGUCGAAGAGCGUGAAGUGCUCGAAUCCAUCUUUCCCGAAGAAAUCACAGACAUCUCCGAGACAGAGUUCCGGAUAAAAGUCGUCCUCGACAUCCCCGACGAAGAAACCCCCGAAGACGAAGAACCCCCCAACUUCCUCCUCUCGGUACGCUACCCCGACGAAUACCCCGACGAGGCGCCUCACCUCGACAUCCUCGCCUCCAACAACAGCCCGUCCCACCUGCACUUCAGCGUCGGCGACGACCGCGCCCAGCUGCUCGCCGACCUCGCAGACACCAUCCAGGAGAACCUCGGCAUGGCCAUGGUCUUCACGCUGUACUCCACCCUCAAGGAAGCCGCCGAGCAGCUCGUCCAGGACCGUAAAGACGCCGCCGCAAAGGUGAUUGAGGAGGAGAAGCUCGCUGCCGAGAGGGAGGAGAAUAAAAAGUUCCAUGGGACGCCUGUUACGCCGGAGACUUUCCUCAAGUGGCGCGAGGGGUUCCUGCGGGAGAUGGAGGAGCAGAGGGUGCGUGAGGAGGAGGAGCGGUUGGCGGAGCUGAAGAAGGCGAAGAUUAAGGAGCCUGUCAAGUUGACGGGGAGACAGCUUUGGGAGAAGGGCUUGGUUGGUAAGGGUGAUGAAGAGGAGGAUGAGGAGGGGUUGGUGGAUGGUGUUGAGCAGCUCAAGGUGGAGGCUGCUUAG